AUGGUCAUUCCGAUGGACAGAAUCAUUAUAAAAGCUGCGAGGGCUGAAAGAAGGCAGAAAAAACGUGCUGAAUCCAAAUUAAAGCACCGAGAGUGCUGUUUCCACGCGUCCGGUCAUUUGGACAUAUCUGCAGACCGCCCCGAGACCCAACCGUCGUCAUCUGAAGAGUUAGAAAGGUAUAAAAAGCAGAUGACCUCAAAGGGAUGGUGCCAACAUCAGGUCGAACAUCUUUCCAGAACCUACGACGUCAAUACUUUCUCGUAUCUGGCUUCUCUGGAGAGAUCACCAAAGCGGCUCGCUGAUCAUAAUCGCUGCUCGAACUACUCUGCGUCGAUGAAAUCUAAAUACAUAGCCAUUUCCCACGUUUGGGCUGAUGGGCUUGGAAAUCCGAGCGAGAAUGGGCUUCCCUUGUGCCAGGUAAAACGAUUAAGAGCCAACCUUCUGAAACUACAACGUUUGCUUGUUGGAGACGAUGCUAAUGUUUUGUUUUGGAUGGACACAUUAUGUAUUCCGGUUGGACCAGAUGAAUACUCUCUUCGUCUCGUGCAGAUCGAUAAAAUGGCGUCAAUAUACAAAAGAGCCAUGACAAGUCUCGUAUUGGACGCGGAACUCAUGGCCACCGUUUCUGACGACAACUUCCCAUCUGCUGAACCUCAUGAUGUAGACACACGAAUGUGUCGUAACAUCUCAAGAGAACUCUCUCUUGAGGCUCGAGCUCGCCUUACAUGCAGUGUUUGGAUGUGCCGCAGCUGGACUCUUCAAGAAGGCGAAUUGCCCGCAACCAUUGCCGUUCAGUUUCUGGAUAAUUCAGUAGUCUUAGGGAGAACCUCUAAUUUGAAUGGGACAUACUGCGAACGUUUCACCGAUGGACUGAGUUCAAACCUUCAAAUACCUGGAGGAGGAUUGGAGACAAACAGUCCUGAUCCAGAUCUACGAAGCACUCACGAACAAAGCGAUAGUACGCGAGGUUCACAUUGCGAGUGCGUCGACAUAGUCCUUCAACGUACUCUUUUCGAAACAUUUUUCAGAGAAUACAGCGAGCUAGCGACAGUGUGGAACGAGCUUUCUGGUCGCUCCACUACCAUGUCAAACGACCUUCCCAUAAUCAUCACGAAUAUACUCGACCUCGACAAUCGCAAUCUGCUCACGUACCAUGAUACUGCGGACAUGUUCCAAGCUAUUUUGCUUAGUUUGAAGCGUUUACCCAUGUCCCUCUUCUUCAAUACUGGGCCAAGGAAGAGCGGAAAUCACCAGAAUAGAUGGGUUCCAAUCAAAAUCGGCGCUGACACCCUGGCACUGGAGAACCAGUUGGUAGUUCGUCGGAAUCAUCUACUGUAUCGUCAUAGGGCAGAAGAUACUUGUUCAAACUUGUCAGUCUUCACUAUUAACAAAAUUCUUUCCUUGAAAUCUACCGUCUAUCUUCAUUCUGCAAGCGAAAAUGUCUUUUAUACUGCAGAACUACCCGGAGAUAGUGCAGAUCCACUCGACACAGAAGGAUACACCUCCACUUGUGUGAUCAUCGAGAACGUAAUCUCGCCCAGUGAUCCAGAUGUCCGAAAGGGAGCCUGCUUCUACGCCCGACCAAAGCGGAAAAUUGACUAUAGACGAGGACUCCGUGGACGCAGGCUAUUUUGUUCUCGCGGCUAUGUGGAGACUCCUGGACUGGAAUUGACCUUUCUCUACCCAAUUCGACUCCGAAAAUCAGGAAUCGACACGUUGCAAACAGUAAAUCAAGAGCGAAUACUUCUUUUAAAUUCUAUUGACGAAUGCGAUAUCAAGAUAAAUUACGGUAUAUCAUCCUUCCUCGUAAAUCUCUUCGGGUCGGACAACUAACGCCGAAGAACCUAGACUCCAUCCCCAACUUCAAGCCUCUCCAUCGGCGCGAGAAGGUGUUAUUUUCAGGACUCCGCAAUAACGGGAUCUAUAGAGUACUGGGUCUUUACUUUGGUGUGGCCUAUAUGAUGACGUGUUUGGUCGCUGCCGGGGUCAUGGGGGAUCGUGGUCGAGAUGUUUCGG